UGUACAGUUCUUUAGGGACACUGGAAGAAGAAGAAGAAAAAAACGUUGACACGUAUGGAUGCUGAUUACUAGGUGUUCCUAGAAGAAUGGCUCUGCAUUCUGCCUCUCGCUCGGCUCCUCCCUCCCUGACGCCCAUGUGAUGCAGGUCAAGCACAGGUUGGCAGGUAAAGGGGGAAGACAACCUUGCCGUCCUCAUCUUGCAGAGAGAGUAGAGUGCAACACAGAGGCCGGAGAGGACAAGAAGUCCAGAGGACCAGAGUUGAGUUCAUAAGACGCAGACUCGUGCAUUUUAACUUUAAACUUCUGAAUAAAAGUUCUGGGCGCGUCUGAUCACAACAGUGAUAAAUCACUGGAAAAUGUGGAACAGGGGAGAUGCGGAGGGGAAAGACUCCUGCGCGGACCAACAAAGGGAACCUCAGCCAUGUAAGAAAUUGUCCCACUCCAUCGAAGCGAUACUGCGGAGGCCCGCGUCUGUGAGAAAGGAGAAGCGAGUGCAUCGCAGCUGGUCUGUCAUCAAGGAGAACACCAGAGAAUCUGAUCAGCACUCGUGUGCAGAAACUCCACAGAUGAGACUAGUGGAGGAGCCUCCGGAGGCCACCUGCACCAUGAGUCAGAGGAAGAAGAGGCAAACGCGGGUCACGUUCACGCCGCUCCAGGUGACGGAGCUGGAGAAGGUGCUGGAGCAGACUCACUACCCCGACGUCAACACCAGGGAGCAGCUGGCCUCGCAACUGCACCUCACCGAGGGACGGAUACAGAUUUGGUUCCAGAACCGCCGAGCCAAAUGGCGGAAGGCCAAAACUCUGAACGACCUGGAGCUGAUAUCCAGACAGCACGUACAGUCGGCCAGUCGUGAGCUGCGUUAUUAUGAGAAACCCCUGUUGCAGGCGGCGUGCUGGCUGCCGUGCUGUUUACCCAAACCUCUUCCCUCCAGGCUGCUCGUCAGGACGGCAUCAUCGCCGGCCAUGCUGACCAACGCGCAUUCCCCAGAUUACAGGACUCUCUAUUCCGAUCUGCUGGGGUCAGAAAGAUAGCACCGCUUCAGUAUUCUUAUAACAUUGAUGACUCUCUACGCUUGUUUCUUUGAUUACACGUGUCACAAAGAUCAACGGCGACUUUUCCGAUGAUGCACAAAGCGAGCGCGGGCUGUGAUCUGUUCCUGGCGAUCAACUGUUGAUUUGAUGAUUUGAUGAAAGCGGCGCUUUUUUAUUGAUCUUUCAAAAGCAUUUGACACUGUAGAUCAUUGCCUGCCCUUACAGAGGCUACAUAAUAUUGGGUUUGAUAUUAACGCAUGUAACUGGUUCAGGAACGACCUAUCAGAGAGACAGCAAUCUGUUAAACUACUAUCAGUAACAAAGGGCGUUUCACAGGGCUCAAUUUUGGGUCCAGUCCUUUUCACUAUUUACAUGAAAAAUAUUGUCUCAUCGUUUGUAAAUUGUCAUGCCCAUCUGUACGCGGAUGACACUGUGCUGUAUUAUGUUGCUGGUUCUGUUCAUCUGGCAAUUGAAAACUUACAUCAUUCCUUUAACAUUCUGCAAGAGGCUCUUGUACUUAACACUGACAAAACAAAUUCAUGCUAUUUUCAAGAGCCAGAGAUAUGGAUUAUAGUUACCUUAAUAUUUCCACUAUGAACAGACUAUCGAGAGAGUCACCGGCUGCCCCUCAUUGAUCUCUCGAGUAUAAAUAAAGGCUGAAUGAAUGAA